GCCUAAUUAGUCGACACCUGCUACUCGAAUAACAGAGACGAUCCACGCAUUUAAAAGAAUUCUUUUCCUCCAAAGGAAAACCGCCAACCACCCCGAAUUAAGCCUCGUGAUGUCCGUGCCAAAGAACUCGAAAUUCACUAUUGCCUUAAUCGUCAUUUUAUUUUCAAACGUAACAACCUACGAAGACGCCAAGUUUUGGCACGAUUCCGCCGAAAAGGAUCUUAAAGAAUCCCUUUCCAACAAGUGGAAUCUGAACACCGCCAAGAACGUCGUACUAUUCGUCGGUGACGGCAUGAGUCCAGAUACUAUAACAGCUAGUAGGAUAUACCAAGGCGGAGAAAGGAAUUACCUUUCGUGGGAAAGAUUCCCCCAUGUCGGCUUAUUAAAGACUUAUAAUACCAACAAGCAAGUGCCGGACUCGGCGUCGACCGCGACGGCGCUGUUCAGCGGCGUCAAAACGAACUACCAGGUCGCAGGAGUCGACGCGAGCGUUCGACUAGGCGACUGCGAGUCCAGCUUGGAUUCCGCUCGUCGGCUGGAGUCGAUUUUCGACUGGGCCCACUCGGUUGGUAAAAAUACAGGGUUCGUCACGACAACCAGAGUGACUCACGCCACUCCUUCCGCACUUUACGCUCACACUGCCGACAGAAGAUGGGAGUGCGAGAAUAAGAUGCCGAAAUCGGCGAAGAACUGUAAAGACAUAGCGAGGCAGCUCAUCGAGGACGAGCCUGGCAAGAGUAUAAAGGUCAUCAUGGGAGGUGGGAGACAAGUAUUGCAAUCCAACGCCACCGCUAGGAAAAACGAUCCCAUAGACGAGUGGGCAUGUCGAAGCUCAGAUGGGCGGAAUCUAAUAGAGAGGUGGAAAAGCGACAAGCUUUCGCUAAACAUACCCUCCGAGGUCGUGGGAAACAACGAGGAGCUUUCGCGAGUCGAUUUCGAAAGAACCGAGUCUUUGUUGGGCAUAUUUUCCAACGGCCACCUCCCCAUGGAUUACGCCCGUGAAAAGGGUCCCAAGGGACAACCCAGCCUAGAAGACAUGACCGUGGCGGCUAUAAAAAUUCUACAAAAAUCCGAGUCCGGUUACCUCCUAGUGGUCGAAGGAGGCCUCAUUGACUUUGCACACCACAGAGGACAUGCUGCCCAAGCUCUGCAAGAAACAGUCAGGCUUUCCGAAGCAGUUAAUGCUACUCUAGCUCUGGUAGAUCUAGAAGAAACCCUCGUGAUCGUCACUAGUGAUCAUACUCAUUCCAUGUCCAUCAAUGGGUACAGCGAUAGGGGGAAUUCGAUCCUAGGAAUCGCCCAGAAAUCUAAGCACGACGGAUUACCGUUCACCACGUUAUCCUACAGUACGGGAGGACCUAAUAACAUGGCAUACACCGUGGUGGGCAACAAAUCAGUACGCAUCAACGUAUCUUUACACGACACCACCAGUUUCACGUACAGUCAGCAGGCCGCUAUCAUAACCGACGAGGCUUAUCAUGGCGGGGGCGACGUGGCAGUGUAUGCCAUAGGGCCGUUCGGUCAUCUCUUCCACUCUACGCAUGAGCAGAACUACGUAGCCCACGCAAUAGCCUACGCAUCAAAAAUCGGACCGCACAUGAGAAAUACCGGCAGCAUUUCCCAGGAAUACUUUCCGUCCCUCCUCGGCACCAUCGUUCUCCUCAUCUCGUCGAUUUAUACGAUUAGUGAUAAAUGGGAUUUUUUAACAGCUGUUUUUCCCACCGACCGCCCUGGGCCAGAUCUCUGACGUCAUUUAAUACGAUAAGCCGGGAGAGAAUCUCAGUGUUAGCGGUU